UUCUGUAAUCUCUCGAAGGUUCCAAUAUUUCCGGCGAUUCACAGAGCAUGUACAAAGGGAGAAUUCCGGGAAGAAGUUUCCGGCGACGAUGAAGCCAAUGACGGUGGAUUAUCUGGCGGACCUAGAGGAUCAAGGAUCAACAAUGACGAUGGACAUUGAUGACGUGGAUGCUCUCGAGAUUUUCGGUGAAGGUCCUUUAUUAGGUUCCGAUCACCUCCGUCUCGCUGACGCUGAUUUCUUCAAUUCCUUUCAAGAUGACUUUGAUGAUUCUGACAUCAACUGAAAAUUUGAAUUUUCGGUACUUUCCUAGGGAUAAAUCACUAGUUUCACCGUAGUUAAUAACCGUUCGUUUGUAGUUAAGUUUCUGGAGGAAAAAAAUUUAACCAUAAAUAUCGAGGAAAUAUGAGUAUGUUUAUAUGCUUAUUGAUGAUUAGCUUUUGAAUGCUUUGUUGAUUUCUGAUUCAUUGAUUAGAAUUGGUGAAGUAAUGAUGGAAAAUAUGAACGUUUAUUUGGUUAUUGUAUGUUCGUUGA